GUCUUCACAGCCUUAGGGGUGUGAGUGAGUGAGUCUGUCUGUCGUGGGUUUUGCUUUGCUUUGCUCUGCUUUGCUUUCUCAAGGAAGGAAGGCUUCGAGCCCCACGAGGCGUGUAGUUGUGGCAGUCUCUUCUCAAUUGGCUCUUGCGGAUUCUCUCGGUGAUUUUUUCUUUUUCUUUUUCUUUGGUGCGCCAGUGCGUCGCACAGCGUUUAAUUUUGCGGAAUCCGGGUUUAGGGUUUUUCCGCACUCGGAGUUUUGUGGCGUAGCGAGGAUUCGGUCUGCUUAAUUAUGGCCGUUACCAUGGCUACUGGGAAAUGGCCAGCACUGACUUGCAGGCAGUCAUUUCAAAGCGGGUCAUGCUUUACUGGGGAUGUUGCGAGUUUGGCGUGUAACUUCCGGAUUUCUACAAAAUCAGCGAAAUUUCAAGUGGUGCAAUCAAGGACAUCUGCUAUUGACGCCCAGGCAGAGAAAUGGGAAGCUUUGGAUUCAGAUGUAGACUACUUAACGCGGUCGGCGAGACUGGUGCAAUGGUACCCUGGUCACAUUGCGAAAGCUGAGAGAGCAUUGAAGGAGCAGCUGAAGUUGAUGGAUGUGGUAAUUGAGGUCCGAGAUGCUCGUAUUCCGAUGGCAACUGCUCACCCAGAGAUUGAUGAGUGGAUGGGGAAUAAACAGAAGAUUAUUGUAAUGAAUAGGGAGGACAUGGUAUCAAACGCAGAUAAACAAGUCUGGGGGGAGUACUUUGCGAAACAAGGAAUUAGUGUGCUUUUCGCAAAUGGCCAACGCGGCACAGGUACCAUGAAGUUAGCGAGGAUGGCGAAAUCCGCGGCCGAUGAUAUUAACGCUCGACGGAAAGCGAAAGGCCUUCUUCCCAGAAAUGUUCGAGCUGCCGUGGUGGGCUAUCCAAACGUAGGCAAGUCCUCCCUCAUCAACCGACUUCUGAAACGAAAGGUUUGCGCCGCAGCACCGCGGCCAGGAGUUACUAAACACUUGCAAUGGGCUAGAGUUGUGGAUGGAUUGGACCUACUCGAUGCGCCUGGUGUGCUGCCCAUGAGGAUACAAGACCAGGCAGGGGCAACUAGAUUGGCGAUCUGUAAUGACAUAGGGGAGAAUUCAUACGCUGUUGCUGGAGUUGCAGCUGUGUUAGUGGAGAUGAUCAAACGGAUACCAUCUGCAGGUCCUCAGGUCCUGCAGAAGAGGUAUAAAUUGGAGAAUGUGAGAAACAUGUCUGGGGAGUCCCUGCUGGAGGAAGUUGCACAAGCUUUAUUUCAAGGAGACGUGAAUCAGGCUGCCCAAAGGGUCUUGCGGGAUUACAGGAAAGGGGAGUUUGGCUGGUUUGCGUUGGAAAGGCCGCCUGUGCGCAGAGAAGAGGAAGAAUUCGAAGAGGAAAAUUACGAUGAUUCUGAUGAAUAUGAAAUGAGAUAGGGCUGUCCAUUCAUGUUGAGUUGAAGGCGCUCCUAAUAUUGUCAACGACCAUUGGAUAUGUCGAGCUGGAGUACCUCAGAUAUUACUUCCUGCUCCCUGUCAAACUUUGCGUUUUCUACGAGAGGAGACGAAUUUGUUCUGAGAUUUGUACAACACGAUGGUGCUAUUCUUGAGUGUCGUGAUCUGUUCCCCACGCCUGUGACGAUAGCUUCGGAGUCGAUAUCAUGAUCUUGGAGGCACCAUGGUGGGGGCAGUUACUUACACCGACGUCGGAGCUAAACUACAUUCCCAUUGUGGAUGUGAUGUCGAAUGUCUUGACUUGGGGAGGAUUGUAGUUUUUAUUUAAUUUUCUCCAAUUACAGCAAAGUUCAGUCUUUAUACCAUCUCACUUUCCUGCGCUCAAUUGUUUCGAUCCCUUGCAACUGAAACUUCUGUGCUCUCUAGUUGCCAAGUGCGUUUGGAAAUCGUCCGGAGCUUUCGUGCUAGCGAAGGAGAAGAAGAUGAUUAGGUUGAUGAGAAACUAGCACGGUCACUACACCGAUAGAAUCUGUUGCAAUGUUUUGGACUUGAUCAUGUGAGAUGAAUUCAUAAAAAAAACGGCAGUCUGAAAAGUUGUAUGAUGUAAACAAGUUUUUAUCUUGA